CGCCAGCAUGCGCUCAGUCCGAGAUACAACAGAUCCUGGGAAUAAAAAUGCCGGGCAUUGUGCUGGUAGUGAGGGCAGUAGCAGCACGCUGCGACGUACCGUCUGCCACCCACAAUCGAAAUGUCCGGAUUGGAGAAAGAACCGAACGCAAGCAGGCCGCGAGCGCGUAACGGAUAACUCGCCGGCUAGGUGUGGUAACAUUGUUCUGAUUGAGAACACCAACCGAGCAUUGCCACGGGCGCCAAACGUGUCGAUGCUUCUCAGCUUCUCCUACAAUGCACACGCGAUGCAACGCGCAGCAGGAAGGCGUCCUAUCCGAUUCGACCGACACACCACACAUGGUCUCGAACCACAGAAUAUUGAUACGUUCUGGUAUGAUACUCAUCGACCAUGUGCGCAAAAGCUACCGGCAAGCGGCUAGUGGCAUGCCUCCGUUGCGUAUUGGAUGGCGCAUAAGGAUAUGCCGGUGGCUCUUU